AUGUCUACAUUAAUUCAAUCGUAUGAACAACAGUAUUCAGUUUUAACUGCAGAAAUUACAGCAAAAAUUGGCCGUUUGAAAGCAGGAACGAAUGAUGAUCGUGAUAAGUUAUCCAGGGAGAUACAGGCGAGCUUUGAAGAGGCUAAUGAUUUGCUUGAACAGUUGGAAUUAGAGUGUCAUGGUACUGGUGUGAGUUCCCGAGUUGCUGCUUAUCGUGUGGAACUCCAGAGAGUGAGGGAUGAGUACCGUUCUGUCAUGAGCAACUCUGUCACUUAUAAUAUUGAUGAUGAGUAUGAAGAUUGGUCAGCUGUAAAUGAACAACAUCAGAAACUCUUGGACAAUACGGAAAGACUAGAAAGGACUGGGAAGAAUCUACAUGAGGGAUAUCGCAUGGUGCUGGAGACAGAGCAAAUAGGUGCUGCUGUUUUACAAGAUCUUCACCAUCAACGGGAAACUAUACAGCGAUCUAGAGGAAGGUUAAGAGAAACGGAUGCAGAACUGAAUCGUUCAACCCGUCUUGUUAAAAAUAUGAUGAUGCGAGCACUGCAGGAUCGACUAGUGGUUGGCUUGGUGCUCGUAUUGAUCAUCGCCUUUGGAAUAUUAGGAGUCUAUUUCUAUGCCACCUAG